GCUUCGUUCGUGGUUCAGGUUUGUGUCGCUUUUUUCUGGUCAUUUUAAUGAAUUAUUUGGAGAGUGAAUUAUUUUUUCUGCUGGUCUUUGAACACAUGUAGUUAAGGAGCUUGUUGUAGCUUCGAGUUCACCAAAUCUCCUUUCUUUUGUGUAUUCAUUAUAAACUACGGGGGAGAUAGAUUAUUUUUUUCUGAAGGUGUCCAGGCUGACUUACUUUUUUUACUCAGCAAAUGUUUUGUUGCCAAAUAGUUAAUUUUAUGGUCAUUUACUCAUCAGUUGCAGCCAAGUAGAAGUACAUCAGGACUUCUAUACAAUGGGCUACAUUAAGAUAUUUGAUUGUUAGCAAUCUGGAACAGUUGCUGAAUGUAUUGUUUCAGAAUUCAAGUUACAAAAGAGAUUAGAUUAGAUAGAUACUUUAUUCCUCCCCGUGGGGAAAUUCACAAAUAAAAUCAAGCACUUCUCGUCCUUGUUCUGGACUCCAAUCUACACAGCUAGUAGACAGAAACUGCAACAAAUAAUAAAUUGAUUUGUAUGGAAGCAAAUCAGACUCAUCAGAUUCUGAAUUUUAAAAGCUGCUGAAUUUCUUACUUUGAAUUUUUUUGCAUCAAAAUUUCGUAUGUGAAUUUUUUAUGCCUGAAUUUAGCUCAUCAAAAUUCUAAAAACCAGCUUAAAAUUCAAUGUCUUCAAAAUUCACCAUCAAAAAAAUUCAGUGUCUUCAAAAUUCGCCAUCAAAAAAUUCAAUGUUAAAAAAUUCGCUGUCAAAAAAUUCGCUGUUCACAUCUGGGGGACUCAGGCGUAAACAAUCGAUCCUGGCCAAAAUCGAACCAACGCCCAGCCAAUCACGUGGCGCUCCUCCGGUCAUGUGACGCAGACGGUUCACCUCACAAGACCGGGGUCAACCACGGCUACCAGCAUGAACGACGGCGCUUCAAUGCACAAUGAGGGACAUCUGCAGAGACUGAGAAAGAGUCUCACCACAUCCUGACAUGAGGAAAAAGACUUUAUUGAAGACUACAAUGAGAAAAACUAUCAGACAGCAGACGGCUGCAUUCAAGAUUUUCCUGCAGAAACUGGUCUUUCGUCCGUCAGCAGCGAUGAGCGACAGCGACGACGACGUUCCCAGGCUGUCGGCUCACACUCUGGCCGCCCUGCAGGAGUUUUACAACGACACCAGAAGCGAACCGGAUCACAGCAGUUUGACAACAGACCAGUUCACUGUGGGAGCUGUGGAGGAGGACUGGCGGAUGAGUCAGUUCUGGUACAGCGAUGAAACAGCGACUCAGCUGGCUGAGGAAGUCGUACGAGAAGCAGGAGAAGGAGGCAGGAUCGCCUGUGUCAGCGCUCCCAGUGUUUACCAGAAGCUGAAGCAGAACAUUGUCGACGGUUCAGACCGAGUCUCCGCCGUUGUGUUGGAGUACGACCGACGCUUCGCCGCCUACGGAGACGACUUCGUCUUCUACGACUACAACGAGCCGCUGACUCUUCCGUCCAGCGUUGCUCCACAGAGCUUCGACGUCGUCCUCGCCGACCCUCCUUACCUGUCUGAGGAGUGUCUGAGCAAAGUGGCCCAAACCAUCAAACACCUGAGCAAAGGGAAAGUGCUGCUGUGUACAGGAGCCAUCAUGGAGAAUCUGGCCAAAGAACUUCUGGAUCUGAAAAUGUGCAGCUUUCUGCCGAAACACAACAGAAACUUGUCCAACGAGUUCCGCUGUUUCGUCAACUAUCCGUCACGACUGCUGUCCUGCUGAAGAACCGGAGCUCAGUGGAUUAACUCUUUGAUGGAGGCGAAACAUCACACAGACAUUGUCCAGCUGUUUGCUCCAGAUGCUGAGCAGUGAAAAGACCACUCAGACCUGCAGCACAAGUUGAGAAAUUUGGCAAUUUUCGUUUUUUAGGCAAAAAUGGCAAACAUUUAAUGGUUCCAGCUUCUCAAAUGUGGAGACUUUUCUUUGUUACGUGACACUAAACGGGAUAUUUUGGGAUGAAUGUGGAAAAUUAUAGCAAGCAUCUGACUCUGACAUUUUAUCAACAAAUUAUUGAGUAAUCAAGAAAACUGAUAAUUAAAAUUACUGUCAAUUCAGAAUCACUAACUACAAGUUAACUGUAUGUUGGUGAACAAAUUUAAUAUUUCAGAAAAUAUUUAUUUAGAUGUAUAGUUUACGUGAAUAAUAGAGAAAACGGUUUGUGCUCCUCCAGUGUAAUGAGUUUUCAGUUGUUUCUAAUUUAUAUCAUUUUUAAAUAAAUACAUUUGGGUUUUGAAUGCUGAUUUAACAAAAUAAACCAUCUGUGUCACUA